CCACAAGAGGGGAGGGAUUUAUCCAAUGAGAAGGCCGUUUGUUACGAAGCGACAUUAUCUCUUCCGCAUUUGCCGAUACAAACAACAUAAACGAGAAUAUGGAUGUGGAGAGUGGUAUUUGUCAGGGAAACGGAGACUCUGGUCCGAGUGAGUUCGGCGUGAAGAUCCCCGAGAGGAUGCUGAAACGGGAACAGGAUAGGCUCGAGGACGUGGAGAGAAAGAAAGAGGUGAAAAAGAGCCAGUCUGUCACGGAGGAGAAGAGUGGGUUCUUCACCGCGACGUUCGGCAGCGAAAGGGCGGCUAUCGAGAAGUUACUGGCUGGUUGCUCGGGGGCUACUGACCGUGUCCUGGCCACCAACACCUUGGAGGAGGUGACUACUAAAACACAACAGCUCCAGAAGUUUCUAAACGACAGCAUGGUGUUUUUACCGCAGUACGAGCUGAGACAGGCACAGGUGGCGCUCCAGAAACUACAGAACUCUCUGGCCGAGAAGAGAGAUGAGAUUCUCCCCAAGAAGAAGUUCGCCUUUAGGUCGCGUGCAGCAAAUACACCCAAAGUAGAUCCACCUGUCGCGGACCCAAUGUCACCUGUAACGCCUAAGGAUUCUAGCCGAACUAAAGUGGACGGAGCCAUAAGCCCCCCAGAGCAGUGCGGCUUCUCCCACUUCGAGUCCCAGGUGCUGACCAAGACAGGGGAGGAGAUCAAACAACAGGAUGUUCUCCUGACCCACCUGACCAAUUGCAAGGUCAGACUCCUGGGYUCCCCCAGCACCGUCCACAUCAAACACGUCCAGAACUGUGAGAUCUUCUCUGGGCCGGUCUCCAGCUCUGUAUUCGUCGACCACUGCACCGGCAGCACCCUCUCCUUCCCCUGCCAGCAGCUACGGACUCACCACACUACUGACACACAGGUCUAUCUGCACGUCACUAGCCGUGCCAUCAUAGAAGACUGUCAAGGGGUGUGCUUYGCCCCCUUUGCCUGGUCCUACCCGGGUCUGGACCAGGACUUUAAGGUGUCUGGUCUGGACCGGGAGAGGAACAACUGGAACCAGGUGGAUGAUUUUAACUGGCUAGCCAUAGGGACCCAAUCACCUAACUGGUGUGUCAUCCCAGAAGCUGAGAGAAGAACUGAAUGGGACUCCUAGAGACAUAAAUAAAGAGCCUGUCAAUCAAACAAAUGAAUAGUGUUUUCUUAUUUUCUAGAAUUUAUGUAGUUGACUUUGCAACAACAACAACAAUCACUCAGUCCUGAUGGUGACAAAGCCUUAUGUGACUAAUGCUGAUGGGUUGUUUCAUAAUGUCCUGACAGGAGUGUGUGUKKUUACGCAUUGCUGCUUUCUCACUACCCUACUCUGAGCAGUACAAUUAGAACGUUAACCACAGGUAAUGUCACUAACACAGUUUGUUACACGUUCAUUUAAUCAGAAAGGACCACCUUAGUCCUUUWAAAAAAUAUAAUAGCCACACCAUGUUUUCAAAACCCAUUUCUUUCACUGUUCUCUCAUCUGUGGAAGUGGUCUUGGUGAGUGUUAGUAAAGAUGUAAAUAAAGGGUUUGGUUGACAAACCAA